UGUAUGCGAGGAACAGGAUUUUGAAUUCUGGAUUUAACAGUCGUCCAGCCUGGAAGUAAUGAUACUGGUUCUGUCUCCAGUCUGGUCAGAGCCCGCUAACUGUCUAUGGUUCUGUGUGGUUGGCUGAACCGCUGCUCGCCUCACUGAAGAGAAUUUGACAGGAAGUGGCGAGCUCCUGCUCUUUGUUUGCGUCUUUGUUCUGUUAACCUCAGUUUGUGAUGUGUCCUCCUGCAGCGGCUCAUGCGGGUCUCUCGGGUCUCUGCCGGCCUCUUCCUCACUGAUCUGGACUCGGCUCUGAACACCAGCGUGUUGACCAGCAGAAAUGUCACUCUCAUCGUCAACGCCAGUGGGCUCGAGGACAUUUCCUACCCGCAACUGGAUGGUCUGCAGGUGCUCCACGUCCCCGUCCAGGACCAGCCUCAUGCCCCCCUCAGAGAGUACUUUGACCUGGUAACUGAACGGAUCAACCAGAACCAAACGGGGGCGACUCUGGUCCACUGCAGCGCCGGCAGAAGCCGGUCCUCUGCGCUGGUCAUGGCCUACCUCAUGAGGUCUCAGGGUCUCAGCCUCCGUCGAGCUCACGAACUUGUUCUGGAGCAGCGACCAUUUAUUCGACCCAACGCUGGUUUCUGGAGGCAGCUGAUAGACUUGGAGAGGAGCCUGUUUGGUAGGAACACGGUGAGGAUGGCGAGCACACCAGGCG